CCAGAAGAGGUGGGAUAGAAGAGAGAACCGUCUAGAACCUAAGACUCCUGAUGUAGACCCUUGCACCAGGAUGGAAGGGGAACCUUACCACAAUGCGUCUACUGUCAACAGCACCCCAGUGAGUCACCAGCCUUUGGAACGCCAUGGGCUGUGGGAGGUCAUCACCAUCGCAGCCGUCACGGCGGUGGUGAGUCUGAUCACCAUCGUGGGCAAUGUCUUCGUCAUGAUCUCCUUCAAGGUCAACAGCCAGCUGAAGACAGUUAACAACUAUUACCUGCUCAGCUUAGCCUGUGCAGAUCUCAUCAUUGGGAUCUUCUCCAUGAACCUCUACACUACGUACAUCCUCAUGGGACGGUGGGCUCUUGGGAGUCUGGCUUGUGACCUCUGGCUUGCGCUGGACUAUGUGGCCAGCAACGCUUCUGUCAUGAACCUUCUGGUGAUUAGUUUUGACCGUUACUUUUCGAUCACAAGACCCCUCACGUACCGGGCCAAGCGUACCCCAAAGAGGGCUGGCAUCAUGAUUGGCUUGGCCUGGCUGAUCUCCUUCAUCCUCUGGGCCCCCGCAAUCCUCUGCUGGCAGUACCUGGUUGGGGAGCGGACGGUACCUCCAGAUGAGUGCCAGAUCCAGUUCCUCUCUGAGCCCACCAUCACUUUCGGCACUGCCAUUGCCGCCUUCUACAUCCCUGUUUCUGUCAUGACCAUCCUCUACUGCCGCAUCUACCGGGAAACGGAGAAGCGAACCAAGGACCUGGCUGACCUCCAGGGCUCAGACUCCGUGGCUGAAGCUGAGAAGAGAAAGUCAGCUCACCAGGCUCUGCUCAGGUCCUGCUUCAGCUGCCCCCGGCCCACCCUGGCCCAGAGGGAAAGGAACCAGGCCUCCUGGUCAUCCUCCCGCAGGAGCACCUCCAUCACUGGGAAGCCAUCCCAAGCCCCCAGCCCGAGCACUGAGUGGGCCAAAGCCGAGCAGCUAACCACCUGCAGCAGCUACCCCUCCUCAGAAGACGAGGACAAGCCCACCGCUGAUCCUGUCUUUCAAGUGGUUUACAAGAGUCAGGCCAAGGAAAGCCCAAGGGAAGAGUUAAGUGCUGACAAGACCAAGCAGACUUUUGUGAAUGCUCAAAGUGAAAAAAAUGACUAUGACACCCCAAAAUACUUCCUGUCUCCAGCUGCUGCUCAUGGGCCCAAGAGUCAGAAGUGGGUGGCCUACAAGUUCCGACUGGUGGUAAAAGCUGAGGGGACCCAUGACACCAACAAUGGGUGCCGCAAGGUAAAAAUCAUGCCGUGUUCCUUCCCAGUGUCCAAGGACCCCUCAACAAAAGGCCUCGAUCCCAACCUCAGCCAUCAGAUGACCAAACGAAAGAGGAUGGUUCUCGUCAAAGAGAGGAAAGCCGCCCAGACCCUGAGUGCAAUUCUCCUGGCUUUCAUCAUCACUUGGACUCCUUACAACAUCAUGGUCCUGGUUUCUACCUUCUGCGACAAGUGUGUCCCAGUCACCCUGUGGCACCUGGGCUACUGGUUAUGCUAUGUCAAUAGCACUGUCAACCCCAUUUGCUAUGCCCUCUGCAACAGAACCUUCAGGAAGACCUUUAAGAUGCUGCUGUUCUGCCGAUGGAAAAAGAAAAAAGUGGAAGAGAAGUUGUACUGGCAGGGGAACAGCAAGCUCCCCUGAAAAGUAACGACUCCCCUCAAAGGAAAACCAUGAUCAAGGUCCCCUGAGGAUGGGCAAGCUGAUUCUGGUUUACUUUCCAAAAAGACAUCUGUCCUUUUGAGUCCCUGAGAACUUUGCAAAGGAUCAAGGUCUACUGUCAAAAGGAAGGAGUCACGGCUGCCGCAAUCGCUGCCAUACUGAAUGGCCCUCGUCUAUGACCAGGACAAGAGUGUCUGAUGCCACUGGAGCUUGCCACCGAAGUAGAGAGCCAAACUCAUGCGCCUUCACAGGAGCAGGCACCCUGGGUCAUAGUGACCAGUGGCCGAGGGAGCUCCUGCCUAACCUUCUGUGGGGGACAGCGAGAACAGAACCCUAGUCCCAGAGUUUUGUGCGGUAUGUUUGUGUCUAUGCAGCAGGCUCAUUUCAGCGGAAACCGGGAAGAUGAAGUCAGUGUCCCCUGUUAACAAGAGCGAUAUUCAGCU